AUGCUUGCAGAAACAUCAAAGAAUGAAUUGCACAACAGUUGGAUCAAGCAACGAAUCGACGAGAGGAACCCGUGGCAAAGGAGAGGAGAAUCCUCCGACGAGCGUUUGAAACAGAGGUUGAAGCAGAGCCUCAAGGAAAACAGCGUCGAUAGCAUCUUCGAGGCAGGAGACAAGAAACUUGUGAACGAAGUUUGCGUCAGCAUGAUUGUGCAAGCUGACUGA